AUAUUGGUCCCCAAUUUGAUACAGACAACAUGGACAAAACGAGAUUAGAACGAGAAACCCAAAGAUCUAAUAGUAAUAGUAAUAUAGGAUCCAUGACUCCUAAGGUAUCUUCAAAUUUUGAAGAACAAGAAGAAAAUAUUGAAGAUAUAGAUGCUUACCUGCCAGCUUUACCACCUGACAUACUUGCAGAACGACAAAGGAAAAAAGAAGAACAAGGAAAGAAGACGUCAGGAAUAAAAGAAACGACUUAUAAACGACAAAUAGGACCUACGAUGCCACUUAAUAUUAAUGAUGAAUAUCAAAAUUCGGAAGAGGAAGAAAUUAUAGGACCAGUAUUUCCAAAAGACCUUGAUGAAAAUGACGAUAAAUAUGCUUUAGAAAGGACAAUUCAAGAAUUUGAAGAAAGAUCAGAGAGAAUGCGGUCAAGCCUUGAAGAUGAAAAAAGUGAAAAACGGUCAGGACGUGGGGAAUGGAUGUUAGUUCCGCCACCACAAGUCAGAUAUUUAG